GUUUCGCCCGACGUUUUCCCGUGAUAUGCCGCCGCCGACGCUGCGGAUACGAGCCAUUGGGGCGCGCAAUGUGGCCGCCAAGACUGGUCUGGCGGGGAUGUUUGAAGCGAAAAUGAAUGCGUACGUCGUCGUCGUAAUCGGGGCCGAGGAAAAGCACUUGCCCGUCGUCAAGAACGUCGGCGCCAAGGAAUUUGCGUGGGGCGACGACGCCGUGGUCGAGUUUGCAUGGCCCGACGCAUCAUCAGAGAUCAAACUGCACUUGAAAGACAAAGACACGGCCAAAGAGCGAUACGUCGGAGGCGCCAAGCUGGCUUUCCCGACCGACAUCACGUCGCUCCCGGUCGCAAGGACCAUCGAUCUCGAGUUCAGCGACGAAAAGCUCAAGACCAAGAAAGGACGCGGGCAACUCCUUCUCUCCUUCGAACGUGUUGGAGGGACGUCUGACACAAAUCCCACUGGGGCUGUCCAAGCAGCCACGACCGCAGCAACGUCAACAGCGACGCCCCAUGCGCCGUCAUCUCCUGCUGGCGGGCAUGUCAAGCACAUGCUACGAAUCCAAGCAAUUGGAGGAGGAAACUUGGCCCCCAAGACUGGCCUGGUGAAGAUGUUAGAUGCCAACCCAGAUCCAUACCUCGUGCUCACUGUCGCGGGCGUGACCAAGACAUUUCCGGCACUGAACAACGUCAAGACGAACGAGUUUUCAUGGGGCGACGACGCUGUCCAUGAGUUUCCAGUCGACGGGGAUGCAGUUGAUGUUAUCAUCCAUUGCAAGGACAAGGACACGAUCAAGGACCACUACAUCGGCGGGGCGCAGUGGAGACUGACAAUGGCAGACAUGCUCGCGAAUCCAACGUGGAAGCAAACCGUCGAGUUGGACUUCGCGUCGCCCGACUUCAAGACGAAGGCCAAGGCAUCCCAGGGAAAGAUUCAUCUCCAUUUUGUCCUGCUGGAGUCCGGAAACCCUUUGACCAGGCCAACUGAACCCCCGACAGUGCUCGCCUCGGCAGAAGUGCAGGCUGUCUCUCCAACCAACAGUGGACCCGAUACAAAGGGUAUGCCUGGAACCGCUGACACUAUUGUAAAGGCCGAAGAGGGCAUUCCAUCUCCCACCAAACCCGCCACGACAUCCGAGACAAUCUUACAACCUGGGGAAGCUCCUAGUCCCCAAGAUAUUCGAGAUGGAGUGCUAUCGGCAACCCAGUCAUCCCCCAAACCGGAACAAAGUCCUGCACCUCAUCUACUACAUGUCGAGAAGGUCCAGCGGAUGCUACGAGUCCAAGCGAUCGGUGGAGCGAACUUGGCCCCCAAAACUGGCUUGGAACACCUCAUGGAUGCCAACCCAGAUCCAUACCUCGUGCUCACUGUCGCGGGCGUGACCAAGACAUUUCCGGCACUGAACAACGUCAAGACGAACGAGUUUUCAUGGGGCGACGACGCUGUCCAUGAGUUUCCAGUCGACGGGGAUGCAGUUGAUGUUAUCAUCCAUUGCAAGGACAAGGACACGAUCAAGGACCGCUACAUCGGGGGGGCGAAGUUGAGCAUCCGUAUGGCCGACAUCAUGGCCGCCACUCCAUCGUGGAAGCAAACCGUCGAGUUGGAGUUCGCCACGCCCGACUUGACGACGAAAGCCAAGGAAUCCCGAGGGACGAUUUACCUCGGUUUUACACUCACGGAUCCAACAAACGCAACGUCCCAACCACCAGGACAGCAGAGAGUGUCGACCGAGAUAGAGACAAAGCACAGCUCCAUCCCGUCCGAGCCAAAGGAUGGCACUGUUCCCGCGCCAGCUGCAUCCGUUCCCCAACGAGUCGACGUGCCUCGUGAGGCCGCACCGCAAGCCGCAGCAGCUGCAGAAACGUCAGAGCCAUCAAACCCGGCCAUGCCAGCACCAGACUCCAGUGCAACAAAGUUGCCGCCAACUCUGCCUCUUGGUGCAAACUUCAAACGUACACUUCGAGUUCAAGCUGUUGGGGGGAGAAAUUUGGCUCCCAAGACCGGACUCAACCACAUCGUGGACUGUGAACCCGACCCGUACCUGAUUGUAAUCGUGGGCUCGACGACCAAGUUGUACCCUGUCGUUGACAACGUCAAGACAAAAGAGUUUGCGUGGGGCGGGGACGCCGUCCACGAAUUCGUCGUGCCUGCGACGGACGACUCGAUUGAGUUGUCGAUUCACUGCAAAGACAAGGACAUCCUUGUGGAUCAUUACAUCGGCGGCGCCAGGGUCGUCCUGCCCGUCGCGUCAUUUGGCCGGUCCAAAACCCUCGAGAACCAAACCGUUUGUCUGGACUAUGUCGACGCGAGUUUCCAAACCAAAGCACCCCACGGCCGCGGUGUCCUCAUCCUUUCGUACUUCCUCGUGGAGACCCCCCUCCCGAACAGUGCCGUGCCGCCCAUCCGAACCUUGUCCCCUCGCAAAACGUCCCUCAGUGCGCGCUUGUACAAAGGAACGUUGCGGCUGAUCGCCCACAGUGCCAAACACUUGACUCUCCCACCGCAGUCACGUGUGCCGGGAGUACCAGACAAACAUGCCGACCCGUACGUUGUGUUUCAGGUCGGUCCGGAUCGCAUCGCGUGCCCGGAAGCUAUCAACGGCCACUUCACACCGACGUGGUCAGAUGCCAAGCACACGUUUCAAAUCGACACGAGCCAGCAUGCGUUUGUCGAAAUUGCCAUCUUUGACAAGAAGCGCGACCGAUUCAUGGCAGCCACACGCCUGCGACUCGUCGACGUCGUCGCGACCCUCACGAAUCACAUCCAAGCUACCGUCGUGGUCAAGCUCGACUGCGACCAGACAUUCCGUCCCGUGGACGGAGCGAGUGGCGGCGACCUCCAACUCUCGCUCUUGUUUACGCCGUGGAACCCGAACCAAGUGACAUGGAAAGGUGCCGCCGUCGGGCACAUCCAAAUUUCCAGUCUCUCGUUGUCCAACUACGCCGACGUUGUCCCUGCCCACAACCAAGUUUACCUCGAGAUCUCGGUCCGUCGACACGCGUCGGCCAUCCAAGGGCACUUGUCCUUUCAAACCAAAACCAUCGAGUCCAACAAGUCCCGCCUCACCUGGCCCGACGACGUGCUAUGGAUUCCAUACGCCCUCUUUCUUCAUCCCAACAUGACCAAGGACAAAUGCCCGGUCGUAGUGUUUGCCCUUCAUGACAAGCACGCGAUAGCACGGGACAAGCCACUCGUGCAAAACUCGAUCAGUCUCGUCGAUGUCCUGGGCUGGCAUGGCUCCAAGCAAGUGCCCUUGCUGCAUUCCAAACUCCCCGGCCGACCGACCCUUGCGUUCUCGGCCGCCACGACCGCCGCCACCACGGCAACACAAUUAGGUCAAGCGUUUGCGACUACGCCUGGAACGCUGCGGCUCUUCGUCCUUGGUGCCCAUUCGCUGUCCACCGUCCUCACGUGGCAGAAUGUCCGCGCCGUCGUGACCAGCAAGGCUUUUAUGUGGGGACGAGGCGACUGUGCCUUGGACAAAAUGGAUGCGACCGCCGACGGUCUCGUCGUGUGGAAUAGCGCGUACGAAGCCCAGUAUUUGCCCGCUCAUGUCAAGUCGGCUGAGUCGUACGUGCUGCUGCUUCAAGUUACAGUUGGCACUGCCGUGCUUGGGCCUAUCGAGCUACCCGUCUUGCAGUUGUUGGACAAGCACGGAGGUCGUGAAUUCGACGUUGAGAUCGUCCAGGACAACCUUGUCGUGUGCCGCGUGGCGCUGGUGUUGGGGUUUACGCCGUUGGAGUCCAAGGCCGACAUCGUGUCACCCCGCACAUCGUGCAUUGAUUUUGGCCCGGGGUCGCUUCACCUUGUCGUGUACAAGGCGGAAGGGCUCGUUCCUGACCAUGACGUCGACGUCGACGAUAUCGAUCCAGAAGUGCGGGUGGCGCUGAAGCCCCGUCCAGUGACAAAACAAAAGGACGGCCGAUCCAGCGCCAAGACUCGCCCCCUUGAAAAUGCCGGACGGGAUCCUGUCUGGAACGAGUACCUCAAGCUCGACUACACCCCAAACAAGGACCCGACAGCCCCCCACGUAUCGCCGAUGGUGGUCUUUUCCAUCAACGACAUUCAAAUGCCGGGCGAAACUCGAGAAAUGAACGUCGUCGGCGUCGCCGAAGUCCCACUCGCUUCGUUUGUCGUCGCCACACCGGCGUGCAGUCUCUUUUCAACCAAGCUCACGCUCGAGCGAAAUGGUCAACCCACUGGAACGAUCCUCAUCGCGGGCAUUUACGAGUCCAAAACGGCCCCCGAAGCCAUCCGCAACAGUUGCCACAGCCACGGCCAAAAGCUGCGCCUGGCCACGCCGUCGCUCUCUACGUUUGUCGACUCGAGCUACUGCCCGGGCCGAUUGGACAUUCACGUUGCAAUGGCGAAAGAUUUGAAUCAAAAUCCGCACGUGCCGUAUCGAUGCGAGCUGUGUCUGAGCUCGUGCGUCGACAGCCGCAUGUCGCUCCAGUCCCGGCAACCCGAUUCCAUGGCAACAACGACCGACAUCGUGUGGGAUUACCAACUCACGCUGUACACUCAGACAGCCAAAGCCGACUUUCUCCGCCUUGAUCUGUUCCAAGGGCCAACGUUGGUUGGAUGGGCAAAAGUUCCCCUCUCGACGUACUGCCAGGAACCGACGAAAUCCUUUCGCGAAUACCACGACGUGGUGCUGACGGCUAGAGACACGACGGCAAUCAUCAAGCCCCGGAUCAUGCUGGAACUCACGUUCUUCACCGACCAAACGCUCCAGACGUUCGUCGACCAAACCGCGCUCGCUUUGCCUACGGCUGGAGUGCUCUAUGUCACGCUCGACUCCUUUGACAGCCGACACACUGCUCAACUGGCCAAGAAGAAGCUCUCGCUCCGCGUGACGCUGCUCCACGUGACUGCGACAGACGGCGAUCCCGACGCGUCCAAGCAAGUCGCGAUGUUUCCGUUUCAAGUGCUGUCCGAUGCGACAUUGUCGUGGCAGCACACUGUCGCUCUUGUGUGCCCUGCAGAUUUGACGAGACAAACUACGUCCAAGGGAACGUGCCCCCUCCUGCGGUACGAGCUCAUUGACGGCAGCUCAGCGUUUGGGAAGGAUGCGAUUUCGAGGGAUGAAAUGGCGAUCCAGUCCCUUCUCUUGGCACCCAAGGCAGUGAUUACCAAACGCUUGCCAAACUCCACCAUCGCCACCGACCGCGAGCCGCUGGGGUUUUCCAAGUUGCGCCUGGUCUACGUCCCUCAAGGCGCGCCUUCGUCGCUGCCCCAGCGCGACGCCAACGACGACCGUUUUCACGAACAAUUUACCGACGUGAUCCAGCCGAAUCGAGGAACGCUGUCGAUUCGAGUCAUUUCGGGGCGGAAUCUCGCAGACGUGGAUGUGCUGGGCGAGCAAGACCCGUAUGUGCAGUUGCAGCUCGAUCCCCCGACGUACCAGUUGAUGCCGGGCUGCGUCGUGAGUGCUCAAAGCGGUGUGUGUGUCAAUGGCGGUCGCCAUCCUCAAUGGAACUCGCCCGUGUACAACCUGUCCAUCCACGACUCCAACGUGGAAAUCGUGACGAUUCGAGUGUUGGAUUCCGGCGAAGAGGACAACGUGCCGGACGCGAUGAUCGGGGCGUGCCACCUGAGCGUGUACUCGUUGAUUCAAAUGAGCGGUCAGGAUGGAAAGCACCAGCAGCGGUGGAGUGAGGGCUGGUUUAACCUCUUCCACGACCAAGAACCUGCGGGAGAACUGCGACUCGAGUACAGAUUCGUCCCGGACAACGCAACCAGAGUGUGCAUGGAGCCCCCGACCAAGUACAUCAACUGCCUCGGUGGCCGUGGCAAAAUGGCCGUCAAGGUCCUGUCUGGGACCAACUUGCCGUGUGUGUCUGGCAUGGUGCCGGCCGUGCGGGUCUUUGUCGAGAGCACAAAGUUUUCGUACGUGACGCAGCCUGAAAAGCGCCACAUCGUGCAUCCAACAUGGAACGAGACGGUUAUGUUCGACAUGGAGUGGACACCAGAGUUGACAAGUGCUCGGACGAUUCGCAUGGAGCUCGUGGAUCUCGGGGCUGGCGUGGCGAGCCAGUUGCCGAUCUUGGCCCAUUGCACAAUCCAUGCGGCGGCAUUUGUCGUACACCCGCUUGAAACACAUUUUGGCACGUAUCCCUUGACAACAUUCCAGCUCCAAAAAGGACAGUCAACCCUGGCGGACGUGCCGUCGCUGCAUUUGGCGAUCCAGUUCUUGCCUUUCGACACCACCGUGCAGCCUUUUGACGACCCGUUCGUGGCACCUGAACCCGGCCAAAUCCAUGUUAACGUCACGUCGGCUGCAUUUCGAACGAACGACGCGUUCCGACCGUUCGUUCGCUGCACGCUUCGUCACGAUGCGGUGUCCCAAACCAAAGCAACACCUCCUUGUGUGUCUGACCUGGGCGACUAUUCCUUCUGCGAGUGGAAGGCGCCGCUGCUCUUUGACUUCACCAUGCCCGACAGAGACAGCCACCACAUCCUCCCGUCGCUGCAUUUCCAAGUGCUGUGUCACAGCGACAAUGCUGACGACGCGCCAGUGCUUGGCGAGCUCGACAACGUUCCGUUGUUUCCGUUCGUGAUGCACAAGGGUCACGUCGACGUCGUGUGGUACCCCGUGUGCAGCAAGAGUGCGGCGGUUGUGGCGCAGGUCAAAGUCGAGGUGCAAUUCCUCAAAACAUCGCCGGUGCCAAAAACCACAUUCACCGACGUCCUGACUGUUCAAGUGGUGGAAGGCCGGGCUGUAUGGUCGGCCCAGGACACUACAAUCGAUGCCACGGACGCGCAAGACCCGUUUGUCGAGCUAGACUUUCUCGGCCACCAUGUUCAGACAAAGGCACACAUUGAUGGCGGCACGGAUCCGGCGUGGCACGAAACGUUUGAACUACCGCUCCUCGGGCUGGACUCGACAGUGCUCCCCGUCUUGACGGUGUCCGUUCGCAACCAGGACGUGAAGAGGAAAGGUGACGGAACCAUUGGUGCGAGUCGCUUUGUCGUGCCGAAAGAAGUCCUCUACGACGGGAAACUGCGCGAUGUUUGGCUCCCGCUAUCGUCGGAUGCGGCUGGAGCGGCCACGGACACCGAGCUCGGGAAAAUCCACUUGCGCCUCAAACGCGGGCAGCUGGACAAGUCGGGAUUUGUCGAUGCUGUCAGUGUCACGUCGGCAGGGGAAGACACAAAAGAAAGUCCGAACUUGGCGGGGGUUUUGUAUACGUACGGAUCAAAGCCGUGGGAAGUUCGGGCAGCGUUUCAGCGCCCGGACGCGACACUGCCAGCAUAUACCGCAUUUCGCCUCGUCGAGAUGGGCGUGCUUCCUGUCCCGUGGCAAGAUGAACCGCUCAAGAGGAACCUUCCGCACAACGACUUGACAUUUCUCGUCGAGUCGCCCAAGACGAACCAGUGCAUUGCCCUGGGGCCGGACGACGUGCGCGCGAUAUUGCACACGCCUCGACGUGAAUUCCAUUACACAAGCAACGAAUCGAAAGCAAGUGCGGGGCACGGCAACGAGGCGUCUCCUGCAUUCGAAAUCAGCGUCGUGUACAUGCCUCCGACGCAAGGGCUGGUCCAGAUCUCGAUCGACCAUGUGGACGGCGUUCCUGUCGUCCACGGCACCUCAUACUUUGUCGAGUUUCGCGUCUUGCGCAACAGUCCAUGGGUAAAGUCCCCCUCGGUAAGAGCCAAGGUCGAAGACAAGACGGACCAAACCAUCGCGUGGCAGCCCCACGCAGUACGGGAGAUGCAAUACUCCAACUUUAGAGAGCACACGCCGCCACUUCUCCAGGUCGUCCUGUACGCACAAAGCAAAGCGACGUCGACGCGAACCAAGGUCGGGUUUGGCCAGCUCAACUUGCUGCAGUACAUUGCGAUGCCCGCCAAAUACGUCAAUGAAGUGGUGCCGAUAACAUGCGUUGGAAGGAAUCACAACAGGAGCGACGACAAAGCGACCGCAACCGUCGCAAUUGAGUUUGUUCCGGGGGUGGCGACCUCACCGGACGACGCGGAAGCCAAGGCAUUGCAGCUGGCGGAAGGAACGGCCGCGAUGAAGAAGGCGUUCUUGAGCCUUGGUGGUGACGAAUGCACGCCGCUCGACAUUGACAGGCUCAAAGAGGCGGCUGCCACGGAUAGCGCGUCCAUGCACAUGCUGCAGAGUGCUGCCAAGUUGGUGGGCGGACUGGAUGCCCUCUUUGCGGCCAUGGACACCAACAAAGAUGGCAAGAUAUCUUGGGAAGAGUAUUUAGACAGGAUGCAAUUCGUGCAUGCGCUGGCAGACGAGGCGUCGACGAAGCCUGCAAAUCUACAGCCAUCCAAUCCUCUCGACGUCGAAGAGCUCGAGAAUGACACGGAUGAGGACGACGACAGCAAAGUCGACAAGGACGAGCCCGCACAGUCCAAGAAUGCGUCAGGAGCUCUGUCGUCCCCGCCAUGGAAGCCUCCAAAGUCGCCGAGUCGUAUUCACUACAGUGACUACAGUGAUGACGAUGACGACGGAAUUGACGAUGCACCAUCCAUCAUGGCAGCGUCCAAAGGACCUUCAAUUCAUUCGAAUCCAGCUAUCGCACCCAUGGUAGCGCUUUCCGUGGACGAUGCCGUGAAGGCUUCGUCUGUUUCUCGCGUAACACUCGCCGCCGCGCCGCGAAAGCCACAGCAGCAAGGCCCGGACGAGUCAGCGGUUGCGUCGUGGAAGGUGGCUGACGUGAGUGCAUGGCUCGAAGUGGACGUGGAGCUCCCUCAGUAUAUCCCUGCUUUCAUGGACGCAUCCGUGGAUGGCCAUCUUCUGCUGAGCUUAACCCCCGACGACAUGGACCAGCACUUCCAGAUCCAGCAGCCUCUUCAUCGUCGAAAACUCCUCGCACGAAUUCAGCAACUGCAGGAGAAGUUUAGCGCCGCGUCUGCUGUGAACAGAUUUCAAGACACCAAGGGUGGCGAAAGCGCCGUCAACGCUCCGGAGGAAGAACCCAGGUCAACCCGUGGCACCGUCGUUCGCAAGCCAAACGAUCGGCCACCACAAGGGCCACGACCGCCAGUCGACCUCAACGCCAAAGGCCACCACGAAAUCGAGCGAUCCAAGUUGGCUUACAAAGCGCAAUCCAAGAAGAAGACCCAGCGCCGCGACCAACGCGAGGCGGACGAAGCGACGAAGCGAUGGACGUUUGAGUACACGGGAGCGGCAAAGCCCAAGCGUGUUCAAACGGCCAUCGAGAAGGUUGCCGCCGUGAUGGCCAAAGAUGAGCAAACGAGAUCCGGCUACGAAGGCGCAAUGGAACAAGUCCUUGAGCAAGUGGCACCACCACGAUUGGAGAUGCCGCUUGUGGCCAACACGGACGAAAUCAUCGAAGUUCUCAAACAAGCAAUUUGGAGACACGCUGAAGCGCUGGAAGUGGCAGCCGAGCACCAGGCAGCGCUAGACAAAGACGCGGCGAGUGACUUUGGCGACGACGAGGACGAGAAGAAGGAGGACAUGGCGCAUCCAGUCUCUGGUCUCGAGCGCGUCUUUGCCGAUUUAUGUGCGCUCAAAAACAACGGCGCAAGGUGGCUCCAUGACACAGCCAAGUUGUCGAGGCUCAAGUUUGAGGGCGGGUUGAUGGCCCUCCUGGGGAUUCACAUGUCCUGGCAUCAGUUUGAUUUGGUAUUUCGCCGGCUUGAUGCUGCCAACGAAGGGGAAAUUUCGUGGUCAGCGUUCUCCGCUGCAUUUGGCGACCCCACACCAGGAAACGCCAUGAGCAAUGACAUGCUUGCAGUGAAGGAAGGCCUUGUCCUGAUGAUUGAGCGCCUGGAGGAGCAUGACCUGACUCUACACCAAGCGUGGCAGGCAUUCGACCGAGACAAUUCGGGCGCGAUAUCGGUGGCUGAGUUUGCCACGUUGAUCCGGUUUCUAACGUACAAAGAGGGUGUGGGCAGUUUGUCAAAACACCAAAUUUACUUGAUGAUGGCGGCGCUGGACACGUCAUGCGACCGGUUGAUUCAAUACCCCGAGUUCGUCAAGUUCAUAUAUAUCGUGUGGUCGCAUCGGCUGCUACAGCUCCAGGAGUACUUGAGUCAUGAAGACGCCACCGCCACACACAACCAGGACAUUGUCAAGCGCAAAGUCAAAUUGCGGAAAGCGCUGCGGACGAAUUUCAGCCGUCCAUUUCGAGAUGCGAUGCGAUGCAGCCCCGUGACGAUUCCAGGGCCAUUUCACGGCCUCUUGGAAAAAUUUCACUUGCAGCCACCGUCGGUGGACGGGCACAUGCAAAUCUGGCAAGUUCUCAAAGGCGAAACGAGCCACCGCGACAAAGCUCCGGCUGCGAUGGCUCCAAAACCAGACAAACCCAAGAAAGCAACAACUGGCCAAAACACGGUGGUCCUCGCCAAACUCAAGCGGCAGCGAACCCCCAAGCGCGACAAAUGUGUCUUGCGGGCCCCAGUUCCUGUCGAUUUGGAUGACUACCAAGAGCUCAUCUACGACCUGAAGUCCCAAAAGCUCAGCCAAGGCAACGCUGGUCGCGUCCACGUCGAAUUUUAA